GUGCGCUCUGGUUCCUCUGCUCUCAUGAGUGCUACAUGCAUGUGUGACAGGUUAGCUAGUUGUAUUGAAUAACAUACACAAUGUACUGAAGACUAAGUGAAUUCAUACUAUUAGACCUACCACUAGCGUGACGAUUGUGUAACUCUGAACUCUCAUAAUUUCGCAUUGGCAGACAACUCGGGCAUGUUGAUGGUGAGACUAGCUCGUUCAUAAAAUACAGCAAGGUUACUUGCUUUUACUGUUUACUUGAGUUAUCAGAUGUGGGGACGAAUAUUUCUGAAUCCCACUGUUGGCAGAGCACUUGUUUGGACUCGAAGACAUUUAUUCACCAUGCAGCUGAAAACGAAGGAUUUCCAGUCAUUAUUUACAGAUGGACUGAAUGGCAUUGCAGGCCUGUUUGAAAAGAACCAGUAUGAGCUGAGGAUUGCUGGAGGAGCAGUACGAGAUCUUUUGUCUGGGAAGCGACCAGAGGAUGUGGACUUUGCCACCACUGCAACCCCUGAAGAGAUGAAGAGAAUGUUCCAAGCUGCAGGAGUACGCCUGAUCAAUAACAAAGGCGAGAAGCAUGGAACCAUCACAGCUCGGCUUCACAAUGAGAACUUUGAGGUGACCACCCUGCGUGUGGAUGUGCAGACGGAUGGACGGCAUGCAGAGGUGGAGUUCACCACCGACUGGGAGAAGGACGCAGAGCGCAGAGACCUCACCAUCAACUCCAUGUUUUUAGGACUGGAUGGAACUCUGUAUGACUUCUUCAAUGGGUAUGAAGACCUCCAGAACAGAAAAGUACGGUUUGUUGGCAGUGCCUGCCUCAGGAUACAGGAGGACUACUUGCGUAUUUUACGAUAUUUCAGGUUCUAUGGCAGGGUGGCAAAUGAACCAGGAGAGCAUGAUCCCAAAACCCUGGAGGCCAUCAGGGAGAAUGCCCGUGGACUGGCGUCUAUAUCCGGGGAGCGCAUCUGGGUGGAGUUGAAGAAGAUGGUGACAGGAAACCACGCUGCUCAUUUACUAGAGCUCCUCUAUGAGCUGGACCUGGUACAGUACAUGGGUUUGCCACCAGAGGGCAAUGUUGAGGAGAUGAAACAGGUGUGGAGCCGUGCCCAGAGCCUGUCUCCAAAGCCCAUGACCAUUCUGUCAGCCCUGUUCCGCAGCAUGGAUGAAGUGGACAAGCUGGACCUACGGCUCCGCAUCUCCAAAGAGGAGAAAACCCUGGGCCUCUUCCUGGUCAAACACAGACGGGACCUUGUCAAGGGUCAAGAUGAUGAUGACCAUCUCAGGCCAUACACAGAUUUCAUCAUUGACAGCCGGGAGGUGGAUGUUCAGAGUAAAGUGUGUGAGCUGCUCAAAUACCAAGGCGAGGAGAAGCUUCUAGCCGAGAUGACCAGCUGGUCCAUCCCUCGUUUUCCCGUCAGCGGGCACGACCUGAGGAAGAUGGGCAUUACGUCGGGCAAGGAGAUCGGCACCAUCCUGCAGGGCCUGCGCGACACGUGGAAGAAGAGCCGCUACCAGAUGGACAAAGAGGAGCUCCUCAGUACAGUCCAUCAGUCCUGACGGCCAACUGGUGGGGUAGGGGGACGAGCUGAGGACCCGGCUCAUCUCAGGAGGUGAAACUUCCUGAAGGCGAGCUUCCUGAACAGCGACGGUGUUGUUUGUUGAUAAUGACAGUCCUGAUGAAUACCUACGACUGUGAAGCCACAAUUUCAAACAAAUAGAGACCUUGGAGUUGUUGUGAUUUCGAACACGUGCUCUCGUCAACAACAGUGUGGAGGAUGACUAUGAGUAAUAACAAGCUGCAGCUGUGGUAUUUGCAAUUUGCAUGGAUAAUUUGAGUUCUAUUGUAUUUUGAAAGGCCAUGGGCACUGGCAAGACGGUGGCUAUUGUAGCAGAAAUGCUUCCCUCAUGGAUCACAUAAAGACUGCAUCGUUUUGUGUUCUGGAGUGAUAACUUAUUGAUGAAGUACAGAGCAGUGACAGGCAUGGCAAUGUGCCAUAUGGCAACGAUGCAUUGCAGGGGUUCUGUUACCUUAACUUCCUGUACUCUUCUCUCCCAAUAAAUAAGUUUCACUCUCA